ACUCAUCAUUCCUCUCCCACAAGUCUUGUCAUACUUGUAUCUCCGCAGACUCCGACAGCAUCUGGUGUGGGGGGACGGCACGGCGUCGUUCGUAUCGGUCGGACCCGUAUGCGUUCCACCGGUGCACGUCGGUGCGGGGUCGCCUUGGCGCACGUCGUCCGUUGCAAUGGUGGUCGCUCCUUCCCGUCCUCCCGACGAGCCUUUUCCGACCGUCUCCUCGGCUACAGUCCCAUGGCGCCGAAUCCGAAUCCGGCCAAUCCCGAAGCCCGGGACAUUCCCACCGCGCAAGACGUCACCACGUCGGGAGGGGUGUGGGCACCCACUUCGGCCAAACGUGACAAACUCGCCGAACUCCUCGGAGAACUCGGGCCGCUACAGACACUCGACGACGUCGCCACGAAGGAACAAGUGCUCGAUUUGUGGUUGGCGGAUGGACUCGCCGCCAUUGUUCGAAUGACGGAUUGUACGACUCACAAUCACGACAACGACAACAACAACAACAAUAAAGAGAACAACGAUAGCACCCACGACGAUAUCAUUGCCCGUGUGCAGGAAUGGUGGCGCACCAAGGCGGACACCGCCACGACACCGGUACUGCAUUCCGUAACCUGGGAAGAAUACCUACGGGACGUCUCGCGGGAACUGGAACGCUCCUUGGCGACUUUGCCGCCGGAUCGGGUCCUCCGGAACGUCCGGGACUAUCUCGACCCCUUCACCCUCCCACAGCCUCCCGGAGUCGACCCACGGCCAGUCGUGACCGACGAAUGGACGUCCGGACUCAACGACGACGAUGACCAUUGGAAGACGGCCGUUGUGCGAUUUCGACUCUUGUUGGCGCAAGCCACCGCCGAUACGUUGCAAACGGCGUGGAAGACCUUGACGACCCCCUCGGACCAGGACGUGGAUCGCGCCGCCACAAGGGGGGAAGCCCUGUCCCCCGCCAGCACCCUGCCACUCGAGGCAUUGCACUCCGUCCUGGACGCCUUUCUAGCCGGGACCUGUCACGAUCGCGUCGAGGCUCUCUGGAAUCUCCUGGAUCGAGAUGGCGACGGCCGACUGGAUCAGGACGAAAUGAAUCUCGUCUGUUCUCUGGCCAUCCAACCAGUCCAACUGGCCUUGACACGGCUCUUUCGGGAAGCUCUGGAAGCUCGGCCCGUCCGGGCAGCCUGGGACGACAAGGAUACGCCACUACCGAUGGGUUGGCGACAACGCCGGUCGCAAGCUCGAGAAACGAAACGACUCGGCAAUAUGUUUCCCAAAACACUGCAGCGACACUUUGUCAACGAGGUCGAAAUGCCGCACCGGCUACGGUGUAUCUACGCCUGGGCCAAUAAAACACACCAAAAUAACAGUAUUGAGUCCGUCAUGGUGGACGAGUCCACGCAGGGGAGUUGGAGCGGACGGAAACGCUACGUCGAGCUUCAGCCCAAAAUCAGUCUCGACGAGUUUCGCCAAGUCCAGCAGGAACACUUUACUCAUCUCGAUCGAGUCGGCACAGAAUUUCUCAAGAGCUUUCGUGAAGACUUGUGGGUCGCUCAGGGUAAGGGUCGACAAAAUCGGGAGCUCCUACGGGAUUGUACACUCUUCAUGACGGCCGUAUGUACAGUCGAUUACAUUAUUAUGAUUCUGUAG